AGGAGAACAACAUUCAAGACCACGCAAUCGUUCUGGGGAGCAUUUUCGUACGUCGACAAUCAACCAAGUAGGGGACCUGCUGAAAGCGAUACUUGCCGGGACCUCUCGAACAAUAAUACAACGUUAACUUCAACUGGGUGUGAUCCGGGCUCAGGACCUA